AUGGUUAUCCGGCCAUCCAGCUCACAAUGGAGUAUUUCACCAGAAACGAUUAUGAGCCAUCAUUAUCGUUUGACUCGUGGGAUUAAGCCAGUAGUUGAUACAUCUCCUCCUUAUUCUAUGUAUAAUAGUCCAAUAAGUAUUCAUUAUGUUCCAAAGCGUUCGUCCUCCGCGGAUCCAUCCAAGCGUAAGCAAGUCAAAUCUGUUGGACAACCUCAUCAUCGAGAACUUGCUGAUUUCGUUAAUUCAUCCAAAAAUAGUUUGAAACUUCCUUUAGCUUUGACGAGUUCUUAUAACGAGCUGGCGAAGCCCACGUUGUUAGCAAACCGAAAUUACCAGGCACCAUUACAUCGCAAGAAGGAACCGCCUAUACGACCAAUAAGCAAACCGAAAUCAAAUAAUCAACAAUACGAUUCGCAGAAAGUUAAAACACGAAAGCCAAAAGUCUUUUCUGAACAAGAUGACAAGUUCUUCUUUUUUAAGAAUGCUGUCUUUGAUGCUAUUAUUGAACGACGUGUGUAUAGUGACAAAAUGAUUGUGGACACAGUGGAAAACGAGAUCCGCCUUUGGAUGAAUUAUCUGAGCAAAAAAGAAUUGGAUUACUUGAAGGAAGAGAUAUAUAAUGAUUUGAAUAUACGAACACCUCCAACAGUGGAGAAAAGCAAACAUAUUUCUAUAUAUGCUAAUGAUAACGUUUCUUUGGAUUCCAAUGAAUCGUCCGAUAACUCAUCAGAAGCUUCAUCUGACACUGUUCAGAAUGAGGAAGAACGAAAUGGAAGUGACAAAUCAUUAUCAGAAAUGUCAGUACAUUCUAAUAGACAAUACUCAUCCGCUUCAUCUACGUCAUCAACAUCAUCAUCAUCUUCUACAGAAUCAUCAUCAACAUAUUCACAGUCAUCAUCAACAAGCUCCUUAUCAACAAGAUAA